AUGAAACUUUUUGAUGUUUUUUCUUCAUUUGAUGAAUUUGAAAGUGUUUUAAGUCACUACAAAGACAAAAAUUAUGUCGACUUUAUUGUUUUGAGCUGUGUGCGACUAGAACGGGAUAGAAACGCAGUGAAAUUGGUUCAAAGGCAGCCUACUAAAAUAAAUGAAAUUCCAGAGCUACGGCAGUAUCAUAGUUUUUUAACAACGUAUGCUUACAAUUUUUUGAAAAACCAAUUUGAAAGUUCUGUUGGAGCCUAUGUUCUAGACAACACAACAGAGGUUUCAUGUAGUUGUCUCUUUUAUAAAUCAAUGAGAUUGCCAUGUAAACAUAUAUUUCACACUAGACAACUUCAGAACAAACCAUUAUAUGACCUAAGUUUAUGUGAUACAAGAUGGACCAGAGAUUAUUACUAUAAAAAUCAAAGAGUGUUUAAAAAUGUUGAGAUUGUUCCCACUGAUAGCGAUACUACAGUUACAAUAUUGCACAGAAAGAAAAAAAAAGUCCCAUCUACUCAUGAAAAGUUCCGAAAAGCAUCAAUGAUAGGAGCAAAGAUCGCCGAACUCAUUUCUUGCCGAACUUAA